AUGCCCGCGGGGGAUAACCCGAACCGCAAUUCGUUGCUCGACCUCAAGAACUUCCAGUUCACCUUUGACUGCUCCAAUUUUAUUGAGCCCGACGCAUCGGACGACGAUUCCAGGUCUUUGUCCGACAGCGUGUUGGACUACCCACAUGAAUUUGGCCGCACCUAUCACGCAUACCGAGCAGGAUCAUACGCUUACCCCAACGAUAUUCCGGAACAGGAACGACUUGCGUUCCAGGGACCCAUUAUCAAGAAGCUCUUUGGAGACAGGCUCUACUUUGCCCCGCUCUCCCAGACGAGGCCUCCGCAGUCCAUCCUCGAUGUCGCCACGGGUGUUGGUGAUUGGGCCAUCGAAAUGGGCGACCUAUUCCCCUCGUCCGAGGUUAUUGGCACAGACCUUUCGCCGAUCCAACCGGACAUGGUGCCUCCCAAUGUCAACUUUUACGUCGAAGACUCAAGUGAUCCGUGGGAAUGCACUGACAAGUUUGGCUACAUACACACCCGACUCACGGCCGGUAGCUGGUGCAAUUUCGAGAAAGAGAUUGCAGAGCAGGCCUUUCAGGCUCUCCAGCCCGGCGGUUGGCUCGAGUCCCAGGAAGUCGAGGCCGUCUUCGGCUGCGACGACGGCACCCUUGACCCAGGCGGGCCGAUGUGCACAUGGCUCCACGAAAUGAGAGUCGCCGCGGAAGACUUCCAGCGCCCUGCCAUCCUGGGCUCCACCCUCAAAGAGGUAUUCGAGAGGGUUGGCUUUGUUGACGUGCAACAGCGUAUCUUCAAGCUCCCGAUGAGCGAAUGGCCCAAGGAUGAGCGCCUCAAGGAAAUCGGACGGAUGUGGGGAGCAAACUUUUCGCAGGGUUUGAAUGGCUUUUCCGUCCAGCUUAUGAAUAGGGUGUUUGGUCGGACGCCGGCUGAGAUUGAGCUCUCUCUGGUCAAGAUCCGAGAGGAACUGGCGAACCCUCAGAUACAUGCUUAUAUGCCUGUUUUCGUUGUGUGGGGGAGAAAACCGUUCGCUGGAGAGCGAACUGAUGCUAUGAUGACUUAA